UGGCGGACUGGAGCCAUGAUAUCUCUUACGACUGAUUCAGUUGCUGGUUUAGGGAUCAUUUCCAUGGGUUGAAGGAGUAUUUAGAUCAGACAGGAUCGUUAGAAACUGUACAUCUAAUUAGCAGUGAUUGAUCAGGAAGCGGUUAGAGUCUGAACUGCGGGGAUUCUCACAAAUACAGAGUGUGUAAAAUGGCUCCAGUGCCGAUCGGUAUAGAGGGCCAGCUGGUGCCGUUCGGGGGGGUAAACUCAGCACCGCAGCCUCCCCCUGGAGCCCCGGCCACUCCGGUUGUCCGCCUCAGCCUCCUCAUCGAAUUUCUGCUCCAGCGGACCUACCAUGACAUUACUCUACUUGCCGAGCUACUUCCACGGAAAACAGACAUGGAAAGGAAAAUUGAAAUAGUUCAGUUUGCCAGUCGGACACGGCAGCUCUUUGUAAGGCUCCUAGCUCUUGUUAAAUGGGCGAGCAAUGCUGGAAAAGUGGAGAGAUGUGCGAUGAUUUCUGCAUUCUUGGACCAGCAAGCUGUCCUGUUUGUUGACACAGCUGAUAGAUUGGCAUCAUUAGCCAGAGAUGCCUUAGUUCAUGCUCGCUUACCUAGCUUUGCCAUUCCUUUUGCUAUUGAUGUCCUGACCACAGGGUCAUACCCACGUCUUCCCACAUGCAUCCGAGACAAAAUAAUUCCUCCUGAUCCAAUCACCAAAGUAGAAAAGCAGUCAACACUUAACCAGCUAAACCAAAUUCUGCGUCAUCGGCUUGUCACCACUGACCUGCCCCCUCAGCUUGCUAACCUGACUGUUGCCAAUGGACGAGUAAAGUUUCGGGUGGAGGGUGAGUUUGAAGCCACGUUAACGGUGAUGGGAGAUGACCCGGAUAUUCCGUGGAGGUUGCUGAAGUUGGAGAUCCUUGUUGAGGACAACGAGACAGGAGAUGGCCGGGCACUGGUGCACAGCAUGCAGGUGAACUUUAUCCAUGAGCUGGUACAGUCACGCUUGUUUGCUGAUGAAAAGCCACUUCAGGACAUGUACAACUGCCUACACUCAUUCUGCCUGUCCCUGCAGCUGGAGGUGCUCCACUCUCAGGCACUGAUGCUGAUCAGAGAGCGCUGGGGAGAUUUAGUACAGGUGGAGCGUUACUUUCCUUCAAAGUGCCUCUCCCUGGCUGUCUGGAAUCAACAGGUGCUGGGUCGCAAGACAGGAACUGCACCCGUGCACAAGGUCACCAUCAGGAUAGACGAGACGGACGAAUCCAAGCCGUUGCAGAUUUCACAUGAGCCUCCGCUUCCAGCCUGCGAUUCCAAACUGAUGGAAAGAGCCAUGAAGAUUGAUCAUCUUUCAGUGGAAAAGCUUUUAAUCGACAGCGUUCAUGCUCGUUCCCAUCAGAAACUGCAGGAACUCAAAGCCAUACUGAAAAGUGUCAAUCCCAAUGAUAACUCAUUCAUUGAGACUGCUCUUCCAACUUUGGUCAUUCCCAUUCUGGAACCCUGUGGAAGGUCUGAGUGUCUACACAUAUUUGUCGACUUGCACUCUGGAAUGUUUCAGCCCAUGUUAUACGGAAUUGAUCAAUCCCUGCUGGAUGAGAUUGAGAAAAGCAUUAAUGAUGACAUGAAGCGAAUUGUCACAUAUUUACAGCAGUUAAAGUUUUGGUUGGGUGAGCAGCGGUGCAAGCAGUCUGUGAAGCAUCUACCCACAGUGUGUACAGAUUUUCUGCACCUAUCAAACUCUGCCACGCAUCCUGUAGGAAACCUGUCAAAACACAGGCUCUUCAUCAGACUCACCCGUCUUCCACAAUAUUACAUUGUGGUUGAAAUGUCUGAUGUCCCUAGCAGCCCCACCGAGCUGCAGUAUAAGUACUAUUUCCUGUCAGUAAGUCAGCAGGAGAAUGAGGAUGGACUGCCCUGCGCACAACUACUGCAGCAGUUCAAGCCCAAACUGGAGGAGCUGGUGCAGGACUUAUCCUCUGGACGUAUGCUCCGGCCUGGCACCAAGCGCAAGCUGUCUGGAGAGCAUGGUGCUGCUGAACCUAAAAAGCCCAAGCGUUCUGGGGAGAUGUGUGCCUUCAAUAAAGAGCUGGCUCACCUGGUAGCCAUGUGUGACACCAACAUGCCUCUUAUUGGCUUGCGCUGUGAGCUAUCCAGUAUGGAGAUUCCUCAUCAAGGGGUUCAGGUUGAAGGAGAUGGCUGCAGUCAUGCUAUUCGUCUUCUCAGGGUGCCACCUGCUAAAGGUGUAAGUGAGGAGACAAGAAAGACCCUGGAACGGUCUCUGCUGGACUGUACUUUCAGAUUGCAGGGUCGUAACAAUCGCACCUGGGUGGCAGAGCUGGUCUUUGCCAACUGCCCACUCAACAGCACCUCAGCUAAAGAGCAGGCCUCUACACGACACGUCUACCUGAUGUAUGAAAAUCCACUGUCCGAACCCGUGGGAGGACGGAAGGUGGUGGAAAUGUUUCUGAAUGACUGGAACAGCAUUAGCCAGCUGUAUGAAUGUGUGCUGGAGUUCUCCCGUGCUCUGCCUGAAAUGCCUUCCUAUUUAAGCCUCUUCUCUGAAAUACGGUUGUAUAAUUAUCGGAAACUGGUCCUGUGUUAUGGUAACACCAAAGGCAGCUCUGUGACGAUUCAGUGGAACUCAGUGACUCACCGUUUCCACCUUGCUCUGGGUACGGUUGGGCCAAACUCGGGCUGUAGCAACUGCCACAACAUCAUUCUCCAUCAGCUCCAGGAGAUGUUUAACAAGACCCCCAAUGUGGUGCAGCUACUACAGGUGCUGUCAGACACACAGGCUCCUUUGAAUGCCAUCAACAAGCUGCCCACUGUGCCCAUGCUUGGUCUGACCCAGAGGACCAACACAGCCUACCAGUGCUUCUCUAUCCUACCCCAGUCACCCACCCACAUUCGCCUGGCCUUCCGCAACAUGUACUGCAUCGACAUCUACUGCCGCAGUCGAGGUGUAGUGGCCAUCCGUGACGGUGCCUACAGCCUCUUCGAUAACACCAAAAUUGUGGAGGGCUUCUAUCCAGCUCCUGGACUGAAGACAUUCUUAAACAUGUUUGUGGACAGCAACCAGGAUGCCCGGCGGCGUUCAGUCAAUGAGGAUGACAACCCGCCCUCACCAGUGGGUGGAGACAUGAUGGAUACCCUCAUGCCUCACAUGCAGCCUCAACAGACAAUUAGAGGCCCAGGGGUUUACCCUCCUCUAACUUCACCACCUGCUCCUUACCAUAGCAAUGUGGCCCCAUCACCCUCCAUGAUGCCAACGCAUUCACCAGGGAACAUCCACGCUGCCAGUUCCCCUAGUGGAGCUCUGCGGGCGCCCUCGCCCUUCGGCCCCACACCAUCUCCCUCCUCUUUGGGCAUUUCUAUGGGCCAGACCUCCAACUUUGCCAGCCCACAUGGAGCUUUGGAUCCCAGUUCUCCAUACCCCAUGGUGUCUCCCAGUCAGAGGACAGGCACUUGGCCUGGCUCUCCUCAAGUCUCUGGUCCUUCCCCCCGUAUCCAUGGCAUGUCUCCUGGCAACCCGUCUCUCCAUUCACCCAUUCCAGAUGCUUCUCACUCUCCUCGCGCUGGCACUAGUUCCCAAGUUAUACCAAGCAGUAUGCCUCCACCUCGUAAGCUACCUCAGCGCUCCUGGGCUGCCUCCAUUCCUACGAUUCUCACUCACAAUGCCUUGCACGUACUAUUACUGCCUUCACCCAAUGUGAGUCUGGUGCCGGGCCUGGCUGGUAGCUACCUGUGCUCGCCACUUGAGCGCUUCCUGGGCUCAGUCAUCAUGAGAAGGCAUCUGCAAAGAAUUAUUCAGCUGGAACCAAACCUCUCUAUUGUGAACUCCAACGAGCCUGGAGUUAUCAUGUUCAAAACGGAGGUGCUGAAAUGUCGAGUAGCUUUAAAUCCAAAGAGCUACCAGACUCUGCAGCUAAAGGUCACACCAGAGAACACUGGACCCUGGUCACAAGAAGAGCUGCAGGUUCUGGAAAAGUUCUUUGAAACCAGGGUUGCAGGUCCACCCUUUAAGUACAACACUUUGAAUGCCUUCACCAAACUACUGGGUGCUCCCACCAACAUCCUUAGAGACUGUGUACGAAUAAUGAAGCUCGAAUUGUUCCCUGAGCAGGCGGCCCAACUUAAAUGGAAUGUGCAGUUCUGUCUGACCAUCCCACCCAGCGCUCCUCCCAUUGCCCCUCCAGGAACCAUUGCAGUAGUGCUGAAGACUAAGAUGCUUUUCUUUCUUCAGCUGACCCAGAGAGUGCCGGUACCUCAGGAGCCUAUUAGCAUCAUUGUGCCCAUCGUUUAUGACAUGGCUACAGGACUGACACAACAGGCUGACAUCCCCCGUCAGCACAGCUCCUCUGGGGCGGCUGCCCUCAUGGUCAGCACCAUCCUCAGGAGAUUUAAUGAGCUCCACCCAGUUCGACAAGGAGAAUGUACCAUAUUUGCCUCUGUUCAUGAACUCAUGACUAAUCUGACGCUGACGCCUGGUACACGACCAUGAUCUAGUGAACCCAUCAAGUUUAAACCCAUCAAGUUUGCUGUAAAGAACACAUGGCUCUCAGCUACAGCCAGUGAAGAUUUCUUCAGGUGUACAAAAUUCUGUCUUGCAAGAAAGAAACUAUGAGUGAACUAAAGACUUUUAUUUGCUUGUCAGGUUUUGUAAAUGAAUAGAUGAAGGACAGUGCAUCUGUGAAUGUACUUGUUAAAAGUCCUCAGCAUACUUCUAUGAAUUCAGGACAUGACAGAAAGAGGACAGUUUAUUUUUGUUUGAUGCACUUCUUGAAUAAAGGUCUAAAAUGAAAAACAAGUGGGUUUGUUUACCUUCAACUGUAAAUGUUUUUUGUUAUUAUUAUUAUUCUAUUGUCCCUGCCUUUAAACAAGCAUUUUGCAAAAAAGAAAAACUUCAUUUUUAUAAUUCAAUUAUCAAUGCUGUGUUGAUACUGGAGUUGUAUUCUUUAUGAUGACACUAUUUAAUGUAUUUUUUAUGCGAUAUCUUUGACCUCUUGACUUAUCCUGUCCUGUUGACACUGUAAAUAUUUUCAUACUUUAUAAAUAAGCCCUAUUUUCUAAUGACUGCAUUUAAAUCUUGGGAAAUGGUAGCUUAUGCCUCUGUCUU